AUGUGGGAGGAUGCCAAGGAGAGAAAUUCUUGCAAGGAACUACUUUCAUCACACUCAGUUAAUUUGACGAGUGGCAUAAAAUAUGGUACUGACUUCCUGGCAUAUUUAGGUGAGCCUGGGUGUGUCCAUUCUUCCUUCACUCUUAAUGCAAAUGCAAGAAUGAACUUUCAAACACUCGCUGCCUUAGUGCGUGUUUCGUCCUCCACAAAAAAGGACUUUGUGGCCUGCACCCCAGGCCAGAACAUACUUUUCACACGUUUCACACGGUUCUUCCUAUAG